CGGGCGGACCCGGCGAGAGGCGGCGGCGGGAGCGGCGGUGAUGGACGGGUCCGGGGAGCAACCCAGAGGCGGGGGGCCCACCAGCUCUGAGCAGAUCAUGAAGACAGGGGCCCUUUUGCUUCAGGGUUUCAUCCAAGAUCGAGCAGGGCGAAUGGGGGGAGAGACACCAGAGCUGGCCCUCGAGCAGGCGCCCCAGGAUGCAUCCACCAAGAAGCUGAGCGAGUGUCUCAAGCGCAUCGGAGAUGAACUGGACAGUAACGUGGAGUUACAGAGGAUGAUUGCAGCCGUGGACACAGACUCCCCCCGCGAGGUCUUUUUCCGAGUGGCAGCUGACAUGUUUUCUGAUGGCAACUUCAACUGGGGUCGGGUCGUUGCCCUCUUCUACUUUGCCAGCAAACUGGUGCUCAAGGCCCUGUGUACCAAGGUGCCCGAGCUGAUCAGGACCAUCAUGGGCUGGACACUGGACUUCCUUCGAGAGCGACUGCUGGGCUGGAUCCAGGACCAGGGUGGUUGGGUGAGGCCCCCUAACCCCCUCCCCCACUCCUCGGGUCUUCGAAGCCCACUAGUGUUGCUCUCUCUGACUCUGGGUCAUCAAACGGGGUCUGUAAUGCCUUUCCUCACAGGUCUGAUCAACUCCUCUAAUUUGUCCGGUAUCCACUGACCUGUUGGUGAUCCCUGACCUCCCUGUGACCUCUGACCUCUCAGUGAUCUCUGACCUCAUUAGUACCUUCUGUCCUUCCUGGUGCCUCCACUUCCUGUGGAUUCCCUCUAGUUUUUUGAUGACCCUUUGACCCCAUUAUCCAUUCAUCUUAGGCUUUUGCCCCCACUCAUGCCUUAUGACCACCUCCCUCCCUGAUUCCUCAUGUGCUGGCCCAAGGGCUGCCCCUUGGCCCAGCUGCUGAAGUGACUGAUGUCCCUG